UUCUCUCCGCAGGGUCAGACCAUGGACGACAUUCCCAAGGAAGUUCUGAUCGACUGCGCCCACCUGGUCAAGGCCAACAGCAUCCAAGGUAUCCCGGAAUCCUGGGAAUUCCGCGGAAAAUUCCCAGGAAAUUCCUGGAAAAUCCCCAGAAAUCCUCAGGAAAGGGUGAAGAUGCUGACGGUGGAGAAGAAGGUGUCGGAGAUCCUGCACCGGCUGGAGAAGACGCGCGUGGAGAGGUUCCCGGACCUGGCGGCGGAGCGGGAGGCGCGGGACCGCGAGGAGCGGAGCCUGCGGAGGGCGCAGCUGCAGGAGCUCCGCCGGAGAGAGAAGGAGGAGCUCAAGAGGAAGAAGGAGAUGGAGGAGCUCCGGAGCUACUCGUCGCUGAUGAAAGCGGAGAACAUGUCCUCCAACCAGGUGAAUUCCCGGAAUUCCUUGGGAAAG